GAAAGGGAUCUCUCGAAAAAAAAGAUAAACACGGCACACGCUUCCUUACCUCUUUCUCUCUCUCUCCCAACCCGACGCAUCUACACCUCCGCCGCCGGCAAGGAAACCCUAAUCGUCACGAUGUUGUCAAACGAGCAGCAAGUCUGGCCCCUCGUUGCACUUCCCAGCGACCGCGACCUCCGCGAUCUGGACAUCUUCAGAUACCCCGAAGACCCAUAUGGUCCCGCGCUCCAGCAUCUCGAAGGUGCUCGCGUGGAGGGGAAGGUGGUGGUGCUGGAGGAGGAGGAGGGGAAGGAGGUGGAGGAGGAGGAGGAUGAUCCAGAGCCGCCUCGCCUUUACUGGGACGACAUCUGCAUAUCCGACAGCGAUGAUGAUCUAGUUAACUUGGAGGACUUGGUCAUUGUUGACUACGAUGAUGAGGAAGGGGUGACAGAUGGCGAGGAGACAAAUUGCCCAGGGAAGAAAUUCCCUAGGGAAAAAGCAAGACAAAUAAACCGAUUAUGGAUAGCUAGUGACUGCAAACAGUAUUCUGAACACAUACAGCUGUGUGAGAUGCUUCGAGCACAGGGAGAUGAGAAUUUUACCCUUCCUCCUUUUCCCAUGAAAGUAUUCCCUGAGGUAACAGGUCGAUGUGUUGAGCGGGGCAACUGCUACCACCGCCGUUACAAAACACAUGAUACUUCCAUCACUAAAUCAACUCUUGCACAUCCCAAACCAGAUCUGAUGCUGCAGGUCUUCUCAUUGCGUAUAUCGAACUCUGCAUCCUAUCCUGUUAGUGUCUAUGGAAUAAUUGCCGUUCGGGAUGACUUGGAGCCGCUACGGAAUUAUCUCUAUAACCGUCCCUGCAGAGAUGAUGCUGUCACCAUUGAUCAGGAUUCCUUUACUUUACCUCUCUGUAGCCCUUGUCGAGGAAUGUAUCUACUGGAUGAUGCAUUACUAGAGGUCGAUCUCUGGGUUAAGGAGGAUGGGGAUGGAUCAGCUGACAAACAAAUACUCUCUGCAUAUGCUGAGAUUGACAACUGCCCAAGUUUUGAUGAAAUGCUCGAUGGACAGAUUCGCAGUGGCCUAUUCAGCUUGGACAUAGGCUUCAUAUUGUUUACAUACUGUGUUGAGGCUGUAAUACAGGUCUUUGCAAAGGUUGAUGUUCCUCAUCAUGUCAGAUUUGCCGCUUUCAGCAGUGGCUUUGAUCAUGAGAUUCUGCUGUUUGAUGACGAAUUCUCUGGGAAUAAGAAACUGUUUCAGCAUGUAGUCGCGGUGAAGGCACAUAAAAAACUGGAUGUUUCAUUGAAGUUGGAGGAAUCACUCUUUUGGUGGACUUUCCAGGAUGGACAUGUUGGGGCUGUUAGGAUUCCUGAUAAAUCGAUGUUAGAGUAUGGCCAGUUUGAUGUGAGAGUUUUCUUUGCUCCAAAACGCUACCCCAAAAUAAUUGUCUGAAACAUGAUUGAAAUAAGUGAAGAUGUCCUUUGCUGUUACCCUUUGUAAGCCCACUUGUGGGAAAACAGCAGAAGUUUGAGGUCAGACUUGUGUAUUCUUCAGGGACGUGGAUACCUUGACGAACUGCACCCUAAUGUGGGAUUAAUGACAUGUGGGUUCCACAGAUGGAGGGCUUACACGUUAGUGGGUACGUUAGAGGAUCCUUCUUCGUUCUCUAGAUAUGUUGAGAUGCAUAAGAAGUUUGAGAUU